AUGAUGGUCACUGUAGUUAGACUACUUGUUAAUUUGGUGGUAGCCUUGCUGAUGGUGGCUGCUGCUGCAUCGGCGGCGGCGGCCGGCGGAGAGGUGACGUACGACGGCAGGUCUUUGAUGAUCGGCGGCCAGCGGAAGAUGUUGUUCUCCGGCUCCAUUCAUUAUCCAAGAAGUACUCCCGAGAUGUGGCCGUCAUUGAUCAGCAAAGCCAAGGAAGGAGGCAUUGACGUUAUCGCGACCUAUAUUUUCUGGAACCUUCACGAACUCCAAUCUGGUCAGUAUGAUUUCAAUGGAGGCCGUGACGUUGUUGGGUUCAUAAAGGAGGUCCAGGCCCAAGGCCUCUAUGUUUUCCUCAGAAUUGGGCCCUUCAUCGAGGCGGAGAGGUCCUAUGGAGGGCUGCCAGUCUGGCUACGUGACAUCCCAGGCAUUGUUUUCAGAUCCAACAACGACCCAUACAAGGUUUACAUGCAGAACUUCACCACCAAGAUAGUUACCAUGUUGCAGUCGCAGAAUCUGUUCGCCUCACAGGGUGGCCCCAUAAUAUUAGCUCAGGUUGAGAACGAGUAUGGUAACGUAGAAGAAGCGUAUGGGGAAGAGGGUAAAUCGUAUCUCCGAUGGAUCGCGGAGUUGGUUGUGGGUCUCAACACCGGCGUGCCAUGGGUUAUGUGCAAACAAGAUGAUGCUCCUGAACCCUUGAUAAACUCAUGCAACGGGAAGAAAUGUGGGGAGACGUUCGUUGGACCCAAUUCUCCGAACAAGCCGUCAAUAUGGACGGAGAACUGGACAACUCGCUAUCAGGCCUUCGGCGAGGAUGCAGUUGUGAGAUCCGCCACAGACAUAGCCUUUCACACCUUGCUCUUCAUCCUUGCAAAGAAUGGAAGCUUCAUAAAUUACUACAUGUAUCAUGGUGGAACUAACUUUGGAAGAUCAGCAUCCGCAUUCGUUACAACUAAUUAUUACGACCAAGCACCCAUCGACGAGUAUGGUAUGGAGAGACAACCGAAAUGGGGCCAUCUGAAGGAGCUGCAUGCAGCAGUAAAGUCGUCGGCUGGCCCGUUGCUUUCAGGAGUGCAAGUUAACUUCCCAGUAGGCCCAAACCAAUGGGCAUAUGUGUACUACGAGGAUGGGGGAACAGGGCAAUGUGCUGUGGCCUUCUUGGUCAACCCUGAGAAGCAUGGGACUCCUGUUCCAGUCACGUUUCAGAAUGGCUCAUAUGUCCUGCCACCAAAGUCAAUCAGCAUCCUGCCAGACUGCAAGAACGUUGUCUUCAAUACAGCCACGGUCAGCGCUCAGUCCAACUCGAGAACAAUGAGCAGAAGCAAGAUCUUCGACAGACCAGAGCUGUGGGAAGAGUACAAGGAAGCCGUUCCUCGCUACGAUGAUACGACGUCGGUUAGAUCCCAGAAGUUGCUUGACCACAUUUCCACGACCAAAGAUGCUUCUGAUUACCUUUGGUACACGUUUAGGUACUGCAGGUAUGAUAAUCAACGCAUUAGUAAUGGAGGUUUACUCAACGUGACCUCCUUAGGCCAUGCUUUGCAUGUGUUCGUCAACGGUCAACGCGUAGGAUCUGCUCAUGGGAGUCAUGAGAAGCCAGGGUUCAACCUCGUAGCUCAACUUCCUCAGGGUGCUAAUAAUGCUGGAACUACCAAUGUCUCUUUGCUCAGCGUCACAGUUGGAUUACAAGACUCGGGAGCAUUUCUAGAGAAGAAGGCAGCUGGACCAAUCAAAGUUGUGAUUCAAGAUCAAAACAACGUCGUACAUGAUUUCAGAAAGCAUCCUUGGGGAUAUCAGGUAGGAAUGGUGGGGGAGAAAUUACAAGUAUUUACUGAGCAAGGAGCAGGGCAGGUUCAGUGGAGAAGCUUUUCCAAUGGAUUCAAUCCAAUCACUUGGUACAAGACUGUUUUUGAUGCACCAUUGGAAGAUGCCCCAAUUGCUUUGAACUUGGGUUCCAUGGGGAAGGGUGAGGCUUGGGUUAAUGGCCAAAGUAUAGGCAGAUUUUGGGCCUCUUAUCACACCCCAAAAGGUUCAUCACAAACAUGGUAUCAUGUGCCGAGAUCUUGGAUCAAACCUAGCGGGAACCUCUUAGUGGUACUUGAGGAAGAAGGCGGGAACCCGCUGAACGUUUCAUUGGACACAGCAACGCCGACCUCUUUCUCCCAACUCUGCACCCAUGUGGCCGCCGGCGUCGGCUCUCUUGAUCGCGUGCCUUCUGACAAAAGUCGACGUACUAAUACGACCGGUCGUUUGAUGAAGCUCAAGUGCCCUAAGAAGACCAGAAUCUCCAAGAUCGCUUUUGCAAGUUAUGGGACUCCGAUGGGGAGUUGUAGCGGUGAGAAGGUGUCGUCGGAGUACUUGGAAGGGGCUUGUCACUCGAAGAACUCGAUGGCUACGCUUGAAAAGGUACGUUAUUCUUCUUUCUAUACUUUACCCUUUUAG